UUGAUAACAACAAUUUCAGACGAUGAAAACGUCGACAAAUCUGGAUUAUUUUUGAACUUGGAAAAUGAUGAUAUUCCUGAACCCGUAAUAGUAACUGCUUUUUCCGAAGAUUUUUCAUUACAAGCGAAACGAUUGAUAACAUCAAUACGCCAAUAUUGGCCUCAUCAAGUGAUUAUCAUUUAUGAUCUUGGUUUAGACGAGUCAAAUAUUCAAUUAUUUAAAUCCUUAUGCAAUAUUAUCUAUAGAAAAUUCGAUUUUAACAAAUAUCCUCCAGUCGUAUCAAAUCUGUAUAGUUAUCGAUGGAAGCCUAUAAUAAUUGCUGAGGUUCUUCAAGAAUAUAAAGCUAUUUGGUAUGUGGAUAGUAGUGUAAUUUUUAAGAAAAAUGAUUUGAAUCAUGUCUAUGAACUUAUGCGAUGUCCUUCAAAAAUGCUAAUACCAGAAAUUGCGGAUAGAGAUUUGAGAGAGCAAUUCACUCCACUUGAAAAUGGUUGGAAUAUUGAAACAUGGAUGAGAAAUAUAGCAGAAUGUCGAAAAUCGACCUAUCUUUUCCAUGGCUAUAGUGGUCAUGGAAUUUUUUCCGCAACUAAUCCAGGCACAUACAAAUUUAUUCCAACAAAUUUCGAUGAAAUUAAAAAGCCGAAAGCGAAAAUGUAUGAAGCUGGUAUCGUUUAUGUUAUACAAACUGCCGAAACAAUUCGAAAUAUAUUAAAAUGGUAUGUCGCAUGCGCAUUAGAAGAACAAUGUAUGGCUCCAUCGAAUGCUAAAUUGCAAUGCAAUUUCGAUGAAAAUGAUCGUUUUGGUAAAUAUGCAAAUUGUCACCGUUAUGAUCAAUCCGUUGUAAAUUUAUUGGCUGCCAACGCUUUUCUCUACGAUCGUCAUUACUAUGUUAGCGAAAUUGUCGAUUUUUUUGGCGUUGUACGGGCAAAUAAUUAUUUUAUUAACAGUGGUUCGUUUAUAUUAUCCUGCAAUAAUUCUAUAUAA